AUGUUUUCAUUAAGACUCCCCAUUCCAUUAGAGAAAACUCUAAUAACAUAUUCUACACCAAACACAACAUAUAAUUCUAAUUAUUACUCUUAUAGCAGGAUGAAUCAUAUUCAAAAUAUUCGUCGAUGUUCUUUGAAAUCCAUUACCAAUCGCUGUACAAUUUCCAUGGCUUUUAAGGAUGAAGUAGAAGGAGAAACUUUUCCGGACGAAGAUUUUCCCGAAUUGGAGCCGUUGCCGGGAGAGCUGCAGGCGGAGCUGAUGCCAAAGCAUGUGGCGGUGAUUAUGGAUGGGAAUGGGAGGUGGGCGAAGAUGAAAGGGCUACCGGUGUCUGCAGGUCACGUCGCGGGUGUGAAGUCGUUGAAAAGGAUGGUGAAGCUGUGUUAUAGUUGGGGAAUAAAAGUUCUCUCCAUUUUCGCUUUUUCUACUGAUAACUGGAUCCGGCCAAAGGUGGAAGUUGAAUUCUUGUUUACACUCUUUGAAAGAUCAAUACUUUCUCAAAUUGAAGAAUGUAAGAGGGAAGGAAUUAAAAUAUCUGUGAUUGGAGAUACAUCAAAGCUCCCUAAUUCCUUGCAAAGAAUGAUAACUAGUAUUGAGGACUAUACAAAAGAGAAUUCAAAAUUCCAAGUUAUUGUGGCAAUUAACUAUGGUGGAAAAUAUGAUAUAGUCAAUGCAUGUAAAAGUGUAGCUAAGAAAGUGAAAGAUGGUCAUAUUUAUUUGGAAGAUAUUGAUGAAAACACACUUGAAAAGGAGUUGCAGACAAACUGUACUGAGUUUCCUUACCCGGAUUUACUAAUCCGGACAAGUGGAGAACUUAGAGUUAGUAAUUUCUUAUUAUGGCAAUUGGCAUACACAGAGUUUUUCUUUGACAGCAAACUAUGGCCAGAUUUUGGAAAGGAUGAGUUUAUAGAGGCCUUAAUAUCAUUUCAACAUAGACAUAGGCGUUAUGGUGGAAGACAUUAA